UUACGUCACUGCCAACCAAAUCGCCAGAGAGCGAAGAAGAGUGAGAAGAAAUGCAGAAGAGAGAGCAGGGCAAGCACGGUGGAGCAUCCGGCGGGGCCGCCACUCCGGCGGCGAAGAGAGGCCGCCCCCUGGGCAGCGGAGCCACCAACUCCGCCGCUUCACCCGACGCUCCGGCUCCUUCAACUCUCCUCGGUCCCUCUCUUCAAGUUCACUCCACCUUCGCUGACCAAAAUAACAAAAGGAUAGUUCUGUCUCUACAAAGUGGAUUAAAGAGUGAGCUGACAUGGGCAUUGAAUACUCUCACAUUGCUUUCAUUCAAAGAAAAGGAUGAAGUGCGCAAAGAUGCAACCCCUCUUGCAAAAAUACCUGGGUUGCUUGAUGCUCUUCUUCAAGUUAUAGAUGAUUGGCGUGAUAUAACCCAACCAAGGGGGCUUAUAAGGACUCCAUGGGUGACAUUGUUAGGUGCAAACUCUGUUGUGACAGGGUUUGGGAAUGAAUACAAGGCGUUAAACUCAAAUGAUGUUCCUAAUCCUAGCAUGGGAUCUGGUUCCUCGGGUACAGAAGCAUCUGGGCGGAAUGGUAUGACCAAAACUGAUCCUUCAGAAUGGUGCUUAGAUGCAGAUAUCCUGUUUAAUCUGGAUGACGAAGGCCGUGCAGAAAGGCAACAAUGUGUAGUUGCUGCUUCAAAUAUAAUUCGCAAUUUCUCUUUCAUGCCAGAAAAUGAAGUCAUAAUGGCCCAACAUCGUCAUUGCUUGGAAACAGCCUUUCAGUGCAUUGAAAACCACAUUACAGAGGAUGAGGAAUUGGUCACAAAUGCACUUGAGACAGUUGUAAAUUUGGCUCCACUCCUGGAUCUUCGAAUCUUUAGUUCAUCAAAGCCCUCAUUCAUCAAAAUAACGGAGAAACGUGCAGCCCAAGCCAUCAUGGGGAUGCUGGGAUCUUCUGUCAAAGCCUGGCAUUGUGCAGCUGCAGAGUUACUUGGGCGUUUGAUAAUAAAUCCUGACAAUGGACCUUUCAUUAUUCCUUUUGGUCCACAGAUUUAUAAGCGUUUAGUUGAACUUUUGAACUUUCCAGCUGUAGAUGCACAAGCAGCUGCUGUUGGUGCACUUUAUAACCUUGCAGAAGUCAACACGGACUGCCGUUUGAAGCUUGCUAGUGAGAGAUGGGCAAUUGAUCGGCUGCUGAAAGUGAUUAAGACCCCACAUCCGGUGCCAGAAGUUUGCAGGAAAGCAGCAAUAAUAUUGGAGAAUCUCGUCUCAGAGCCACAGAACAGGGUUCUGCUUCUAACUUAUGAGAAUGCCUUUGCAGAGAUACUUUUCUCGGACGGAAGAUAUUCCGACACAUUUGCAAGGAUACUAUAUGAAUUGACCUCUCGACCGAGCAACAAAGUGGCACCAGCUCGUGGUGUGUGGGGCAUGUAACUGAAAGCCUACCUCAUCUGCAUCUUCUGGUGGUUGCUCUUGUAUCAUACUGGAAUCUGGUUAGCAUUUUCAGUUGACAGGUAACCGUAAAUAUUUAGCUAGCAUGUAUUCCCCUCAGUUAAAAUUCACUACUCACUAGGGAUAGUCUAUGAUACAAUGUUCACAAAUUGGGUCCACUUUUGUUGUAUGGUUAGACUGGUUCGUCAUUAGAAAGCUAUAAUGCUGUGCAAAGUGCUUGCAUGGCUUUUAUUCGAAAGUUAUAAUGGAGGUGUUUGAUGGGGUUUUUUUGAGCCAAUUUAUAGCUUCUGGCUUUUAAAGAGUUA